AUGCGUCGUCAACUGCAACAAGACCGCGAUAACGAGUGGACGUCAAGAGCGAUGGAGUUUGAGAAGGCGUGGGAGGACAGGAACCCGCGGAAAGCCUAUGCUCCACUAAAACAGCACAGCGGCAAAAUGAAAAGAUGUUCCCCCGUCCUCAACACUGCCAAUGGGGUAGCUGUCGGUGAAGCAACCCUUCCAAUUUGGGAGGAACACUUCAAGACCUUGCUGAACCGGCUAGCACCGUCAGCUCCUGAACUCGAACACGUUCAUAGACCGAUAUACGCGGUUAACGAUGAGCCACCGACCCUGUCGGAGGUCCUGGUCUGUAUUCCAAAAAAUGAAGAAUGGAAAAUCUGGCAGAGACAACGGGAUUAG